AUGUUGGCCGCCCGCUCUCCUCUGUCCGCGAAGAAUGAAGCCGUGUCCAAGAUGAACAGCCUGAGUCUGAACAAAGAGAACACGCCUCCCAGCCUCAACAACACCCGCAUCUUGGCUUCGAAAACCGCUCGGAAAAUCUUCUCUGACGCCUCGCCAUCGCCGCAGAAGUCCUCGCCUCAGGAGGAACCUCUCCUGAAGGAAAACCCACGGCGCUUCGUCAUCUUCCCCAUUCAGUAUCAUGACAUCUGGAGCAUGUACAAGAAGGCAGAGGCUUCCUUCUGGACCGCCGAGGAGGUGGACCUGUCCAAAGACCUGCAGCACUGGGAGUCUCUGAAGGACGACGAGAGAUUCUUCAUUUCUCACGUUUUGGCUUUUUUCGCCGCCAGCGACGGAAUUGUCAACGAGAACCUGGUGGAGCGCUUCACUCAGGAGGUGCAGGUGACGGAGGCUCGCUGUUUCUAUGGAUUCCAGAUUGCUAUGGAGAACAUCCACUCCGAGAUGUACAGUCUGCUCAUUGACACCUACAUCAAGGACUCUCAGGAGAGAGAAUAUCUGUUCAACGCUGUGGAGACUCUACCCUGUGUCAGGAAGAAGGCCGACUGGGCCCUGAACUGGAUUGGCGACAAGAGCGCCGCCUUUGGGGAGCGGGUGGUGGCCUUUGCGGCGGUUGAGGGGAUCUUCUUCUCUGGAUCCUUCGCUGCCAUUUUCUGGUUGAAGAAACGAGGCUUAAUGCCAGGACUGACCUUCUCCAAUGAGCUCAUCAGCCGAGACGAGGGCCUUCACUGUGACUUUGCCUGCCUCAUGUUCAAACACCUGCUGAACAAACCCACACAAGAGAAAGUACUGAGCAUCAUCAGGGACGCAGUGGCCAUCGAGCAGGAGUUCCUGACAGAGGCGCUGCCCGUGAAGCUGAUUGGGAUGAACUGCGAGCUCAUGAAGCAGUACAUCGAGUUUGUGGCCGACCGACUUCUGUUGGAGCUGGGUUUCGACAAGGUGUACCGCUCGGAGAAUCCCUUUGACUUCAUGGAGAACAUUUCUCUGGAGGGAAAGACUAACUUCUUUGAGAAGCGAGUGGGAGAGUAUCAGAGGAUGGGGGUCAUGUCUGGGACCAGCGACAACACAUUCAGACUAGACGCAGACUUCUGA